AUGGACUCUAGUGCUACUGCGAGCAUUUUAUUGCUUGACGAGGUCUGGGCUGCAUAUAGCACUCCUCGUAACCUCUGUAGCGCUCACUCAAAACGAGGGUAUCCUUCAAAAACUGCCAUGAAGAAACUUGGCCAAAUGUUUCUUGACCAUCCAAUUUUAGGCCGUCAUCGUUCUUUGGAGAUUCAACAGCUUAUUGAUUUGCUCCAAGCUGCUCAUCGCCGAAUCAUGGGUCUUCCGACCUCCCUUAAUUCCCCAUCUUCGGCAAUAUUUGCAGAAUCACCUUCCACUCCUCCUCUUCUCCUACAUACAACUUCAAACGAUAACAUCUCAUAUCGGAUUUCUCCAAUCGCAUCCUUAACGUCUGUUCGAGAAAAUAAUCGCGUCAUUUUCUUUCGCGAUUGGCUCCUCGAAAUCGCCGAGGCUUAUAUGCAGUUUCCACCGCUAUCUAUGGACCAACUCAAGCUAGAGCAGCGUAGGAUCCUUGAAAAUUCAGAUUCAUCUUGUCCAUUCCGGGAGCUUGCAUCCUCUCGGAAGCAGGUCUCAGGUCCAAAUGGAUUAUUCGCACAUCACUCCCGCGAAGGCACGUUCAGCGCAUUACUCUUCCGCGGCGUACUCUUCAAUACAGAAGCUUUACAGAAACUGGACAUACUGGGUUUUUUGAGUCCCUUGAAGCCUGGUCCCAGUUUAAAGCUCUUUAUGCAGAUCGAGGGGAAAAUUUUAUAUGCAACCCUUGUGCAUACGGUACAACCAGAGGACGGACUUCCUCUAACGAUCAUCUGGCAAUUUAUUGUCCAUGCUAAGAAUGACAAGAAGAACAAACUCUUCCCUUCGUUUGGAGAUCUUUCAGCAUAUCUGCUUACGGUCGACCUUACUUAUGCUCAUCGCAUCCCUUGGCCAAGCUUGGAUGAAGUUGCGCAUGCCAUAUACGUUCUCGCUAAAGGUGCCCUGCAUGGACUGCAAAAAAUGGAUCUAGUCCCAACAGAUACUUAUAGCGAAAAUCAGGUCAAAGAGGGUUUUAAAGCUUUGUAUAGGUUUCUAGAUGAAGAUGCGAAGUUCCAAAAAGUCAAACAGACUGUUAUAUUUGAUCCAUUUAUGGUGGAACAUGCACUAUGCAAGAUCAGUAAAGAUCGAGUAUAUGAAAGAAGUAAGUUGUAG